AUGCUUGACUUUGGUGAAAAUGGUCUCACUGGGACGGUGCCUCAAAAUCUAGCAAGUUUUCAUGACUUGGUUCAUCUUAAUUUCUAUGACAAUAGUCUUGGAAAUAGGAAAGUUGGUGACCUGAAUUUUCUCGAUUUUUUGGCUAAUUGUACAAGUUUGAAGGUCUUGGCUCUUGAUUUUAAUCAAUUUGAUGGAGUACUGCCCAACUCUAUAGCCAACCUUUCCUCCCGGUUGAGGUGGCUUGGUCUGGGUGGAAAUAUAAUACGUGGAGGCAUUCCCAAUGGGAAUGGCAACCUUGUUAACUUGACCGAUCUGGAAUUACAUGGUAACUAUUUAAGUGGUCCUCUCCCCAAUGCACUUGGGAAGCUUCAGCAGUUAUGGGUACUAUAUUUGAACAAUAACAAAUUUUCAGGGUCGAUUCCUUCCUCUUUAGGUAACUUAACUAAAUUGAUAAAGCUCUUCAUGGAUGAGAACAAAUUUGAGGGAAGUAUACCCCUAAGCCUAGGCAACUGCCAAGAUUUGCUUGAACUAAACCUUUCUUCUAACAAUCUCAAUGGUACUAUACCAAAACAAGCUAUUGGUCUUUCCUCUCUUUCGAUUUAUUUGGUCAUGUCUCAUAAUUCUUUAACAGGUACACUACCAUUUGAAGUGGGUUACUUAAAAAAUCUUUGGAAGUUAGAUCUCUCAGAGAAUAGAUUAUCUGGUGAAAUUCCUGCUUCCCUUGGUAGUUGUACUAGUUUGGUGAGUUUGCAUUUGGAGGGCAAUUCAUUUGAAGGAGCAAUUCCUCCAUCCUUGAAGACACUAAGAGGUUUAGACGAAAUUGAUCUUUCGCGCAAUAACUUGUCAAGGCAAAUUCCUGAAUUUUUUAGCAAGUUUUUGUCACUUAAGCAUCUCAAUCUUUCUCAUAAUGAUCUCUUUGGGAAAGUGCCAAGUGAAGGGAUUUUUUUGAAUGGACUUGUUCUAUUAUGUUUUUUCAUCACAUGUUGUAAUGUUAAAAAAUGGAGAAAGAGACCUUUGGCUGCAUCUUCCUUAAAGAAUAGGCGAUUGGCCUGUAUAUCUUAUGCAGAACUCUCAGGAUCAACCAAUGGUUUCUCUGUGGACAAUUUGAUCGGUUCUGGUAGUUUUGGUUCUGUAUACAAAGGAGUUCUCUCUAGCAAUGGAGCAGUUAUUGCAGUUAAAGUGUUAAACCUUCAACAACGAGGAGGUUCCAAGAGUUUCGUCAAUGAAUGCAAUUUUUUGAGAAGUUUACGCCAUCGUAAUCUCCUUAUGGUUAUCACUGCUUGCUCAAGUGUUGAUCAUCAAAGGAACGACUUUAAGAGUCUAGUUUUUCAGUUCAUGUCUAAUGGAAGCCUAGACCAGUGGCUGCAUCCUAUAGAGGAUGAGCAACAUCAAUGCAAGAGAUUGAGCUUUAUUCAGAGACUGAACAUAGCCAUGGAUGUCGCUUAUGCAUUACAGUAUAUUCAUCUCCAUUUCCAAAAACCGAUUGUUCUCUGUGAUUUAAAGCCAAGCAAUGUCCUCCUCAAUGAAGAUAUGGUAGCCCAUGUUGGUGACUAUGGAUUAGCAAAGUUCGUCAUUGACGCAUCACAUAAUCCCUCCAAAAAUCAAAGUAUGUCAGACUUUUCAAUUGCAUUGAAGGGUUCCAUCGAGUACAUUCCUCCAGGUUUGUUUUCAACCAAUAACUCGAUUCAGGCGAAAGUAUGA